UAUCUUCCCAGGACUGCAUUUAUGUAGCAUUUAACAGCAGAUUUUAAUUUAUCAGACGAAAGUCGCGAAAGGCAGGAGAUUUACAGUGUUUAUAAUGUUUUACAUUUGGUAAGCGGGGCUAAAUGGAUGAAGAGUGGAGUGUUUUCACUUGGAUUAGACCUGAAGGCCACAAUCAUGGCGAAUCGAGAGAAUGAGAGAGUUCAUUUGAAUCAGUGAUGUUUUUAAUUUUACUACCUAAUCAUGUGUGGAAUGUUUAUGCCAGGGAUCAAAGACCAUCCGCACUUUUAAAUGCAUAAGAACUGGACCUGUGUGAAGGAAAAGAAUCGAGCUUUAUGCAGAAUGAUGUCUGUGUACACGGAGUUUGUUGCUCCUCCGGAGUGUCCUGUGUUUGAGCCCAGCUGGGAGGAUUUCUCUGAUCCUUUAGGAUUCAUCAACAAAAUCAGACCCAUCGCAGAGAAAAGUGGCAUCUGCAAGAUCAGACCACCUCAGGACUGGCAACCUCCUUUUGCUUGCGAUGUACGGAACUUUCGCUUCACACCCCGAAUCCAGCGACUCAAUGAACUUGAGGCUCUCACCAGAGUAAAACUCAACUUCCUGGAUCAAAUCGCUAAGUUUUGGGAACUCCAGGGCUCCAAACUACGAUUCCCACAUGUGGAGAAAAAGAUCUUGGACUUGUAUCUUCUUAGCAAGAUUGUGUCUGCAGAAGGAGGGUUCGAGGCCGUCUGUAAGGAAAAGCGUUGGUCUAAAGUAGCCGCUCGUAUGGGUUUCCCAUCUGGGAAGGGUACCGGUUCACUGCUGCGCUCCCACUAUGAAAGGAUUCUUUACCCAUACGAGCUCUUCCAGUCUGGAGCUUCACUCUCGGGCAUUCAUCGGCUGUGCCAAGAAGAUGAAGAUGAAGCUGAAGAAAUGGAUGAAGGAAUUGAGCAUGGCUUUGAGGAGGAAGAGGAGGAAAAAGAAGAAAAGCAGAAACUGAAGGAAAACCAACAGGAAUGCCAGAGCGACAAAUCCCAGAAUAAGGAGCAUUCUCUUCCAGAGAGACGCUCACGCCGUCUAAAGUCUGAGAGAGAAAACAAAGAGCCGAAAGCCCUUCAGCUCUUCAGCAGCAGUCCCAAAGUGGUGGAAAUGGAGAUCGUUCCAGCUGAUGACACGUUUGCGAAGAAACAGAAACAUCUAAAGGCUCAAGCAUUCGCCAUUCAGAUGCAUCCACGCAAAGAGACUCUAGAGGUCAAUUUUAUCGAGAUGUACAUGUGCAUGGCAUGUGGACGUGGAGACGAGGAGGAUCGCCUUCUCUUGUGUGAUGGCUGUGAUGAUAGCUACCACACUUUUUGCCUGAUCCCUCCCCUUCAAGAUGUGCCCAAGGGUGACUGGCGCUGUCCUAAGUGUGUGGCAGAGGAAUGCAGUAAGCCUCGAGAGGCGUUUGGGUUCGAGCAGGGCGUGCGGGAAUACACUCUCCAGAGUUUUGGGGAGAUGGCCGACAACUUCAAAUCAGACUACUUUAACAUGCCUGUUCACAUGGUCCCCACAGAGUUGGUUGAGAAAGAGUUCUGGAGGCUUGUGAGCAGCAUAGAGGAGGACGUAAUAGUCGAGUAUGGAGCAGAUAUCAGCUCAAAAGACGUGGGCAGUGGAUUUCCUGUCCGAGACGGAAAAAGAAGAUUUUUGGGUGAUGAAGAGGACUACGCCAACUCCGGCUGGAACCUGAAUAAUCUGCCAGUGCUGGAGCAGUCCGUACUGUCCCACAUUAAUGCAGACAUCUCGGGCAUGAAGGUGCCCUGGCUAUAUGUGGGCAUGUGCUUCUCGUCUUUUUGCUGGCACAUUGAGGACCACUGGAGCUACUCUAUUAACUAUCUGCACUGGGGUGAACCUAAGACCUGGUACGGAGUCCCGGCUCACGCAGCAGAGCAGCUGGAAUCGGUGAUGAAAAAACUGGCUCCGGAACUGUUCGAUUCUCAGCCCGAUCUGUUACACCAGCUGGUCACCAUCAUGAACCCAAACGUCCUCAUGGAGCACGGGGUUCCGGUGUAUCGGACCAAUCAGUGUGCCGGAGAGUUUGUGAUUACGUUCCCAAGAGCCUAUCACAGCGGCUUUAACCAGGGGUACAAUUUUGCUGAAGCGGUCAACUUCUGUACUGCAGACUGGCUGCCAGUGGGCCGUCAGUGUGUAGCGCAUUACCGCCGACUGCAGCGCUACUGCGUUUUCUCUCAUGAAGAGCUGCUGUGUAAGAUGGCAGCAGAUCCAGAGAGUCUGAACGUGGAGCUUGCAGCUGGUGUGUGCAAACAGCUGGCAGAUGUGGUACAGGAGGAGAGUCAACUGCGACAGGCCGUACAAGACAUGGGGGUGCAGUGCUUAGAGCAGGAGGCGUUUGAGCUGCUCCCAGAUGACGAGCGGCAGUGUUACAAAUGUAAAACCACCUGCUUUCUUUCUGCGUUGACGUGCUCGUGCAGCCCAGAGCGUCUGGUGUGUUUGUACCAUGCCGCCGAUCUCUGCAACUGCCCUCUCGCAAACAAGUGUCUCAGGUACCGGUAUGAUCUGGAGGAAUUUCCAGCCAUGCUGUUUGGCGUAAAGUCUCGUGCCCAGUCCUAUGAAACAUGGUCCAAGAGAGUCAGUGAGGCCCUGUCGGCAGAUCAGAAGAACAAGAAAGAUAUGAUUGAGCUGAGAGUGCUGCUGGAGGACGCAGAGGACAGAAAGUAUCCUGAGAACAAUCUCUUUCAGACCCUGAGAGAGAUGGUGAAGGAGGCAGAGACGUGUUCAUCUGUUGCUCAGCUGCUGCUCAACCAGAAACAAAAACACAAAAGGGAGCGCACGGAGAACAGUCGUCUGCGCACAAAGCUGACGGUGGAGGAGCUGAAAGCAUUUGCUGAGCAUCUCUUCCGUCUGCCCUGCAUCAUCAGCCAGGCACGGCAGGUCCAGGAGCUGUUAGAGAACGUGGAGGAUUUCCAUGAACGGGCGCAGUUAGCCAUGGCGGACGAGACCCCGGACUCAGCUAAGCUGCAGGUCCUGGUGGAGUUGGGCUCGGGGCUGGAGGUGGAGCUUCCCGAGCUGGCGCGAUUGAAGCAGGAGCUGCAGCAGGCUCGCUGGCUGGAUGAGGUGCGCCUCACCCUGCACGAGCCUCAGCGAGUCACACUGGAGCUCAUGAAGCGUCUCAUCGAUUCAGGAGUGGGUCUGGCACCGCACCACGCCGUGGAGAAAGCCAUGGCUGAGCUGCAGGAGAUCCUUACUGUGUCCGAGCGCUGGGAGGACAAGGCCCGCGCCUGUCUGCAUGCCAGACCUCGCCACAGUAUUACCACCCUGGAAAGCAUUGUUGUAGAGUGCAGGAACAUCCCUGCUUACCUGCCUAAUGUUCUGGCCCUACGAGAAGCACUCCAGAAAGCCAAAGAGUGGACGGCCCGGGUGGAUGACAUCCAGAAUGGCAUGAGCUCCGUAUACCUGGAUCAGCUGGAGGCUUUGUUGGCGAGAGGCCGUUCCAUUCCUGUACGUCUGGAUGCUCUGCCGCAGGUCGAAUCACAGGUGGCAUCGGCACGAGCCUGGAGAGAGAGGACAGCUCGCACCUUCCUCAAAAAGAACUCCACCUAUACAUUGCUACAGGUGCUGAGUCCUCGGUCUGACAUCGGUGUGUACGGCAGCAGCAGAAGCAAGCGCAGACGAGCCAAGGAGCUUCUUGAGAAGGAGCGUGCUGUGGAGCUGGAGAACAUAAGCGAAUUGGAUGAGGGCAUGGAGGAGCAACGCUCCCCCUCGGCUGUAGUGGCUGCUUUUAAAGCCCAGGAGCAGCAGGAGACGGACGCCAUGCACUCGCUGCGUGCUGCCAACUUGGCCAAGAUGACCAUGGCAGAACGCAUUGACGAGGUCAGGUUCUGUCUCUGCCGCAAAACAGCCGCCGGCGUCAUGCUUCAGUGUGAGCUGUGCAAGGACUGGUUCCACAGUGCCUGUGUGCCCUUGCCCAAAUCAGGCAUUCAAAAGAAGAUGGCAACAGGUGCCAGCUGGCAGGCUGCCGCCAAGGAGUCCAAGUUCCUGUGCCCGCUGUGCCAGCGCUCGAGGCGACCCCGGUUAGAGACCAUCCUCUCACUGCUAGUGUCCCUGCAAAAGCUGCCAGUGAAGCUGCCGGAGGGUGAGGCGCUGCAGUGCCUGACGGAACGUGCCAUGAGCUGGCAGGACCGGGCCAGACAGUCUCUGGCCACUGAGGAGCUCUCUUCUGCUCUAGCCAAGCUGUCCGUGCUCAGCCAGCGCAUGGUGGAGCUAGCAGCACGUGAGAAGACAGAAAAGAUCAUCAACGCGGAGCUGCAGAAAGCCGCUGCCAACCCGGACCUGCAGGGACAUAUUCAGACAUUCCAGCAGGCUGGAUUUAACCGCAACACCUCACCACGGCAAGCGUUAGACUACGACGACGAGGAGACGGAUUCAGACGUUGACAUCCGCGAGACCUACGGCUACGACUCCAAGGACUCUGGUGAAGUGAAGCCUUACUUGUUUUGUGAUGAGGAGAUUCCAGUGAAGUCAGAGGAGAUCGUCAGUCACAUGUGGCCGGCCACGCCCUCUUUCUGUGCUGAACAUGCCUACUCCUCAGCAUCCAAGUCCUGCCCACAGAACCCAACUACUCCUCGUAAACAGCCCAGGAAGACGCCCCUGGUUCCACGGAGUCUAGAACCUCCUGUUCUAGAGCUGUCCUCUUCUGCCAAGGGCCAGCUGGAGUCCCUAAUGAUGGAGGGUGACCUGCUCGAGGUGUCACUGGAUGAGACUCAGCACAUCUGGAGAAUCCUGCAGGCUACACACCCACCCUCAGAGGAGCGCUUCCUGCAGGUCAUGGAGUCAGACGAUGGUCUGCUGGAGAAGCCGAUGAAGCUGAAGGUGAAGGACAUAGAAAAGAAGAGGAGAAGGAAACUGGAAAAGGCAGAGCAGCAGUUGCUUUUGGCCUCCUCCGGUGUGGAGGGCCGGCCUAAAUGCAUGAAGAGGGUACUAGAGGUCGGUGGCAAGCCCAAAAAGAAGAAGCUCAAGCUCAGCCCGGAGAAAUCCCGCGAACUGAAGCAGUUAGCCAAGCGCCUCGCCAAGGAAGAGAAGGAGAGGAAGAGAAAAGAGAAAGCAGCCGCCAAAGCAGAGUUCGCCAAGGAAGGACUGGAGAAGAAGAAGGAAAGGAAGGUGCUGGAUAUUCCCUCCAAAUAUGACUGGUCUGGUGCUGAGGACUCCAACGAUGAGAAUGCAGUCUGUGCUGCAAAGAACUGCCAGAGACCCUGCAAAGAUAAGGUGGACUGGGUGCAGUGUGACGGUGGAUGUGACGAGUGGUUUCAUCAGGUGUGUGUCGGCGUAUCGUGCGAGAUGGCCGAGAACGAGGACUACAUCUGUUCGGCGUGCUCACGGAAGGCAGGUGGCAUGAUGGGAGUCAAAAUGGGCGUAGAGACUGUGGUUGUGUCGUCGACCAUGUGCAGUACACAGACUGUCACCCCAGUUUACCAAGCAGAGACUCAGGGGGGCAGCUAGCACCCUACAAAGACUUUCUACACCUACUGUCACGGUUCUGCACUUCCUUUGCAAACUCUCCCACUCUGUGUACCCAGGACAGCCAAUCAGCAUGCAGAUCCAGGCUACGUCUCUCAGUCUGACUGACUGACUGACUGGAUUAAGAGUGGAUUAUGGUUUUGCUUAGCUCGAGAGGUGUGCAGCAGUACAUAAAUAAAAAGAAUGAAGGAUAUGGCAUGAGCUAAGCGUCUGACCUGCUGUCCGGGUGGAUUCAUUGGAGAGGAGUCUGUGCAUAGACUUUUAUGUUUGAGGGUUAUUAUUUGGUAAAACUAGGUUGUUAUUGAUAGCUGGGGGAUGCAUUUUCCAUAAAUGAUAAUAUUUAAGUAAUAUGGCUACAAUGUUUCCUUAAAUCUGAUAUUUGACCUGAUAAAUAUACUUAUUUAUGGAUUUUAAAGUUUUAUGACUUUGAAAAUUCAUUUAAUUUGACCAUUUUCUUGGUACAACCUAAGAUCCUAUAUCAUGGAAACAUCUGGAGGAUGUGUAAGUCAUUUACCUAAACAUGAACAUUUCAGUUUCAUUUCAAUAAAAUGAAAUUACAGUCCGGGUGUCCACACAAAAAGGAUUGGCCGUGUCUGAGGGAAGAAAAGGUCGAACGGGUUCCACAUUCGCGUUCUCUGCUGGUGGGUAGCAGUAGCAGCAGCUGUAUGAGGGAUUACUGAUUCCCGGGUAGUAGUUUGUGACUCUGUGUUUUUCACCAUCUCUAGCGGGUGAAAAGAAGCGGUUUGCAGCAGCGCAUGCUCUUCUCGGUCAGGGUGGGGGUCUGCAGCACCGGAGGAAGGUACAGUUGGGAAAUGUGACACGACUAGAUUGGGAGGUUAACCAAUGACUGUGUAUUUUUGCAAAAAUUAUUUAGGACACGCAUGCAAAUUAAAGUAUUUGAUUCAAACUGUACUUAAGUCUAAAUAUAAUGAAAAAACGUAACGUAAAUCACGUAACGUCACGUUAAUAAAAACAUUUGACGCCGCUCAGGUGGCGCAGCGGUAAAAACACACACGCUAGCACACCAGAGCUGGGAUCUCGAAUACAUCGUAUCGGCUGUGCUGAGCAGCCACAUGAACAACGAUUGGUCUGUUGUUCAUAUAGGGGUGUGGUAUUACCCGGAUAGAGACUCUCUCAUAACUGAUGCAACUACUACCUCUGCUCUGCUGGCUGGUUGAUGGCGCCUGCACAGAGACGGGGGGAGAGUGCGGAUCAGGGUGUGUCUCUCCGUACACAGAGCUGGUCCGCAGCUGAUCUCGUCUAGUGUAGGGGACAAAAUGCAUACGGCUGCUGCCCACGUGUCGGAGGGGGCGUGGGUUAGCUUCAUUCUCCUCAGAUCAGAGCAGGGUCGGCAUUAGUGGAGAGGAAGCGUGACACAAUCGGGGAAUUGGAUGCGCUAAAAGUCGGGAGAAA